AUUCAGAUGAUGGAGGAGCUGCAGAUGAAGAUGAUGAUGAAGCUCUCUCUGUAGACUGUGUCUCUCCGCUGCUUCACUAUAUUGUUUAGGAUCCAGAGGAUUAUUGUGGAGUUUACAGCAGCAACAUGACCGGGGUUCUGAGAGAGUCCAAACAGAGACUGAUGAAGAGCCCUCGACACCAGCCCUACAGGGUUUUCGAUUAUCAACAUGUUCCAAGUGUGGCGUGUGAUUUCACAUCUUUACGGCGGUGUUCGUCUCCAUCUUCAUCCUCCAAAACCCUGCGGCCCAGAAGAGAGAGACCGCAGAGCAGACACUCGUCCAGGAGUUCUGGAUCACAGCUGUGUCUGGAGGAGCUGAUGUGCAUUAGGAAAGAGCUGACGGUCAUUAAGUCUCAGAUCGACGAGCUGCUGGAGAGUCUGGAGCGGAUGGAGAGUCAGGAGCAGCAGACCUGCGAGGACGGUGUGGUGUUUUCUCCUGCUGCUCUUCAUGGUUCUGUCAGCAGUGUUGACUCGCCUGGGUCUUCUUCUCCCUUGAGGACAGACACAGAAUCUCAGAGAACACACACAGAAGAAGAAGACAGACCACAUGUUAUUGAAUAUGAAUCAGAUGUGUUCUACAUGUAAUGUGUUUUCAGGAAUGGUGUGUUUUGGGAAAAGCUGACGGUGUUGAUCUGCUGGAAGAUGAAUGAUGAUGAUGAUGAUUUGAGCUGUUCUGUGAUGGACUGAUGGCGUCACACUCAUUCAGAUCAUCAGUUUCUGCUUUGACUUCAGUUCUGAAGCGUCUGAUGUUGCUGAUUGAUGUGUUUUUAUGGUUAGUGCUCGACUGAUAUGGGUUAUUAAACACCGGCUGCCAAUAACGCUAUCUAAAUAUAACUUCAUCACCCUGAUUUAUUAAAAAUGACACCUGCAUCAGAUUUAUGACCCUCACAGUGCUUAUUUAACCCAAAUGUAAUUAGAACUGAUAGUUUCGACACAACCUCUAUAGCCUACCUCUGUUUGUAACUGGAUAUUGUUUUUUUGUUGUGAAAGCAAGUCGUGUAUAUAGUGACAUAUCUGUCAUUAUUCAUCUGUUUUGCCAUUUUAGUUUUGUUUUUUAGGUGAAAAUGUGGUUCCAAAAGCUUUUCUUUGGAGUUCUGGUUAAACUAGUAGCACGUUAGUUCGAUUUAACAGCGAUGAGCCCUUGUGUGAAUUAGUUUUUUUUUUUUUCAUUUAUUUAUUUCCCAAGUGACGUUUAACAGAUUUUUAAAAUGCAUUUUUAAACAUAAUAGUUUAAUUAUCUAAGUUCUUUUAUCUUUGCCAUGAUGACAGUACAUAAUAUUUUACAAGAUACUAGUAUUCAGCUUAAAGUGACAUUUGGCUUAACUUGGUUAAUUAGGUUAACAAGGCAAGUCAUUGGACAACUGUGCUUUUUCUGUAUGGGGACAAAUUAUAUUGAUAAUAAUAUCAUUUUACUUAUACUAUAUAUACCCCAGCCAAUCUACUUUCUCCAGAUGAAAAAAUUUAAUGGAAAAUACUGUGAAACGUGUCCUUGCUCUUGGGAAAUAUCUAAAAAAGAACUACAAAUUUCACAGGAGAGAGAAUAAUUUUGUCUUCAACUGUGUGUAAAAUACAAUUGAUUAAUUACAUUUCUGUAUGUGUUCAUCAACAGAAAUAAACAUUAAUGUAUCGUGUGUUUUCUAUCUAAAUGCGAUGACAGCCUUCAUGUUUUGUACAAGGCAUUAUCUAUAAUCAUUAUGGUUUUUGGCGCUCAUUUUAACCAUUAACUACCUGUUCAUUUUUAACUCAUGAUCUGUUCUGCUUAUCCUUCAAUUCAGCUGCUAAAUCCACCGUUGAGUUGUUUGAGACAUUAUUUGUCAGGUUUUUGUCCUGAAUCUGCUCCUAUGUUUUGCACUAGUUUCUUCAACAUCUCCUCCAAAACCUUCUGUUGUGUUCUGAUGUGAUUUUUGAUUGUUGUAGCCAUUUAAUAGAGGUUUACUCUGCGAUGAUCUAAACAGCCCCAAUAAGCAAACAAUUCGGGUGACCGGAUUAAGAUGGCGGCGCCAGUGACGUACCAUCCAGUGGAUUAGCGGUUAAUUUAAAAUUGACUUUCAGCCAAUCAGAAGUAUUCAACGGCUUCGUAGGGUAGGAUAAUGUUAGCGAAUGUUCGUAAUGGACGAGUUAAUGACUUUUGUAGGAAUCUGGAAGUCUGUAAAGCUCAUUCUGACCGAGUUUCAUGUGUUUUCCAAUAAAAUGGAGGCUGAAGUCCGUCUGUGCUCGAGCUGGAUUUGUUUACUCUCAGUUUUUCCA